AUGGAGUCGCUUUUGGUAAAUCUCAGGAAACAAGCUACUUGUUCGAUUUGCCUCGAUACCUACACCGAGCCCAAAACUAUAUCAUGUCUUCACACGUUUUGUUGUGAAUGUUUGGAGAAACAUGCAAGAGUGAGCCAGAAGCAUGGAAAAUUCCGAUGCCCCGAGUGUCAGGCAGCGAUCGAUUUAUCAGAAGGAAAUCGCUUCGACCGUUUGCCUAACAGCUUUUUCCAUAAAAGUUUGCUGAGUCUUCGCGCUGUUCGACAAAGUGGCGAGGCAAGUAGCAUUACUUGUUAUCAAUGCAGCGCAACCAACCCUCAGAUGUACUACUGCUUCGAUUGCGGACGAUUCAUGUGCCCUGAUUGUUUCAACGCACAUGAUUUGCUUAAAAAGUCUUUUCAAGGACACAAAGUCACGCCAGUUCAAGACUUCAAAACAGAAGAUUACGAAGCAUUGUUAAGGCGAAAACCAUUUUGUUCUCAAGAGUUCCACGAGAGAGAAAUUACACGGUUUUUAUGUUCGCAGUGUCAAGUUUGCAUUUGUCAAAUUUGCAUAGUCACGGAUCAUCAAAACCACAAAGUUGUUCUUCUCGACAAAGCAGCACACGAGGAAAAGGAUAACAUCAUUUCGGGCGCUAAAUUGAUCAAGAAAAUGGAAAGCGAGCUCCAGGAAGUCAUUAAGCAGUUUGAAGAAACCAUUUCUAAGCUGGAAAGCAAUAUGGAAACGGCUAAGCGAAGCGUCAAGCAAACAGCGGAACAAAUGAUCACAAAUAUUCGAGAGCGCGAGCGAGAGGCGUUAGAAUCCCUGGAGGCAACACGCGUGUCAAGACUCCAUAAAAUUAACUUGGCCAAACAGGAAGUGGAAUCCUUAGUAAAACAAAUCAACCAAGCAGCUCAGUUUGCGGAAAACCUGGUGCAGAGAACCUCAAGCUCGGAUAUUAUGCAGAACAAAGAAACUUUAAAGACCAAAUUUGAAGAGCUUCUGCGAGUUGAAGUUCCCAAACAUCAGCAGACGACAUUCAUCAAAUUCACUGCGACAUCUCAAAAGGACUUAAAACUGGGUUUUAUUGAAGUCACCGAAGGCACCGCAAACGCAGCUAAAUCAACUUUAGAAGGACUGGAUCAAACUUUUCAGGCUUGUGUGAAGCAGAGUUUGCGUUAUGUCCAAAGACAUCUGGAGGAGAGAUGA